UCAUCCGCUCAGCUACACAGACCUUCAUGCAGCCAGAAUGUCUCUCAAGCUGCCACGGAACUGGGAUUUCAACCUGAAAAUGAAUAUGUCCAAAAUAGUUCGCUCCCAGAGCAUGAUGGCCAUCGACCCAAAGGGCUCCUGCAGCUGGCCCCAUUCUCUCAGCCCUCUGGAGCGGCCUCUGAAAACUGGCUGGUUGAAGAAACAGCGCUCCAUAGUCAAGAACUGGCAGCAGAAGUACUUCGUGUUGAAAGGGCAAUACCUGUCUUACUACAAGGAUGAAGACGAUGGCAAACUCCAGGGUGUGAUCCAUCUUCACGGCAGCACAAUCAAGGAGGUCGCUGCCACCUCUAAUGAGGGAGGAAGGUUUAUCUUUGAAGUUAUCCCAGAGAUCUCUAGAGACCAGAAUCGAACAGGACAAGACUCCUAUCUCCUGAUGGCCAAUUCCCAAUCAGAAAUGGAAGACUGGGUGAAAGUGCUCCGAAGAGUGGCAGGGUCCCCAUUAGGAGUGGUUUUUGGCCAACAGCUGGUGGAGACCAUGAUGUAUGAACAGAGGUUUGGGCAGCAUCAGGUUCCCAUUCUGGUUGAGAAAUGUGCAGAGUUUAUUAGGAAGCACGGUCUCAAUGAAGAGGGUAUCUUUCGACUUCCGGGCCAAGACAACCUGGUGAAACAACUGAGGGAUGCAUUUGAUGCAGGAGAGAGGCCAUCAUUUGACCGAGAUACAGAUGUACACACGGUGGCGUCCUUGUUCAAACUCUACCUCAGGGAACUUCCUGAGCCAGUCAUACCAUGGACUCAGUAUGAAGACUUCCUCUCGUGUGGCCAGCUUUUGACUGUUGAUGAGGCAAAGGGGUGUCAACAGCUAACGAAGCAAUUGUCUCUCUUACCCCGAGACAAUUACAACCUUCUCAGUUAUAUUUGCCGAUUCCUGUAUGAAAUCCAGCAGAACGCCAGUACCAACAAGAUGAGUGUGGAGAAUCUGGCAACCGUGUUUGGCGUGAAUCUCAUCAGACCAAAGAUGGAGGAUCCUGCAACUAUUAUGAGAGGCACUCACCAUAUCCAGAAAGUGAUGACUGUGAUGAUCAGUGGCCAUACAACACUAUUUCCUGUCUCCAGAGAUGUGGUUCCUUCUCCACCCCUACAGAAGAAUGAUUCCAAGAUGGCCCCAGUGCCUCGCAGUUCAGUAGGCUGGGAUGCUGUAGAAAGGCCGCUGUCAUCCAGAGGAGAGAACAGAACCCAGUGGCAAACAAAAGAUGACAUAGAAGCUUCUAGCUCUGAAUUAAAUUGUAGCUCAGAUCCAUCAGCAGAAGAUAAUGGGGAGUUGCAGCCUACAGACCUAGGAAUGUGUGUGACACAGUCUAGAAAAAGAACUCAGACCCUUCCGAACAGGAAGAAUUUUGUGAAUAUUUCUCACAACAGAGGGAAGCAAAGUGAACUUUUCAGCGGUGAAUUUUGGUCACCUUCAGUGGUCCAGCCAAGACCCAUUUCUUCAACGGGAAGUCAUAAAAGGACCUUGUCAGAGGGGCUUUCUAAGCUGCCCACUCUUCCACGAGUCUUAGACUCUGCCAAUGUCUGUAGUUCUCUGGAAGUAAGUGGAAAGCAGACUCAUGAGAGCUUUUUGGUUGCAGCUGCUGAGGGUCAGCUAACUGGUCCUCGGCAAAAUGGGACCACAGUUCCAAAACCCAGUGAUGAAGGUGAGAGCUCCCCUCCUGAGGAAGACCUCGAGUCCCUGAGGAAAAUUAUUGUGGAGCUAAAACAAGAGAUGGAGAUACAGAGAAAAGAUUAUGAGGAGCAAAUUAGCAGCCUCGAGAAGGAAAACUAUGAAGUCUGGGCCAAAGUGGUGAGGCUCAACAAAGAGAUCGAGAAAGAAAAGAAUAAAUCAGCAGAUCUGGAACAUAAGCUUCAAGAUAUAGAGCAUUCUCGAAAUGAUAUUGAGAACAAGAAUAAACUUAUAGAGCAGGAGAUCCUGGACUCCGUAAAAUCCAUGAACCAGCCUGAAACAAAAAGUGAAUAGAGAAAAGAAUAUCUCUUUGCAUGCAAAACCACAAUCCUCUGCACAAAGGAAGGACACAUUGGCAAGUACAGGUGCACAGUGGCUGCUCCUUCUUCAAAGAGAUGUCUGACUAUGCCUUUUGGAAGGCUUGGAACAUUGGGAAGUAUUCUUGCGGGCA